ACCCAAAACCCCUGCGUUUCUCUCCAUUAGACCAGAUCCAGCUCGUUCUCCGAGCUCUCUCCCACUCCUUUCUAGCUUCAAUGGCGGAGUUCCAUGGCUCCUAUAGCUUUGCAUUGGCUCUGCUUCUCCUCUCCGUGUUCCUUAUCCAUUUCGCUGCUGCAUCCGUCCAUGACUACGCUGGCGAGAAGUUCACAGCCAAGGGGAAUGCGUUCGUGCUUUAUGGUGGAAGUGAGGGCCUUUAUGCGUCCAUUCCUGGCUCUAAUGCUACUGGACUUGCCAGCGAGGAGGCUUCCAUUCGAUUUGAAAAGAUCACAUUUAUGAGGUCUGAAGAAUUUGCUUCCAAGAAGAAAGACACUGAUGAGGUGAUGGUUCAGGCCAUAAUUUUCGAGGUUGAAGAUCGUGAGACUAUCGGAGGCUCAGCAUAUGGUGGUCUAAGAGCCGUUUGCUGCACAACUGACCUUGCAAAAUUGGGUGCUUGUACAGAGGGGACUAUCAUACACCGUGAGUCUGCGAAGAACCCUGGUUGGCCAAAAGUCUUAGCUGCUUCCUUCAAAGGAAAUGAAGUUGUUGCAACAUUACCGUCUCAAACGAUACCUAUAUUAAGGACUGGGAUGUAUAACUUGUACUUCGUUUAUUGUGAUUCAUCGCUUGAUGGAUUGGUUGUAGAAGGCAAGACCAUAUGGAAAAACCCAACUGGGUAUCUUCCUGGGAGGAUGGCUCCUCUCAUGAAUUUCUAUGGGUUAAUGUCUCUUGCCUUUGUGGUACUUGGUAUCUUUUGGUUUUCCCAAGUAGCGAAGUUUUGGAGAGAGGUCAUACCACUGCAGAAUUGUGUAACACUUGUUAUCGCAUUGGGGAUGUUUGAAAUGGCAUUGUGGUACUUUGAUUAUGCUAAAUUCAAUGAAACCGGUGUUCGUCCAGGCGGGAUCACAUUUUGGGCAGUAACCUUUGGUGCUGUUAAGCGGACGGUUGCGCGUGUGCUUAUCCUUGUUGUUUCAAUGGGAUUUGGAGUUGUAAGGCCUACUCUUGGUGGCCUUACCUCCAAAGUGAUGAUGCUUGGAGCAACCUUUUUUCUAGCUUCUGAGGUCCUUGAAGUGGCAGAGAAUGUAGGAGCUGUAAGUGAUCUCUCUGGUAAAGCAAGGCUAUUCUUGGUUUUUCCAGUGGCUCUCUUGGAUGGAUUCUUCAUUCUUUGGAUUUUCAGAUCUCUAUACAAAACACUGGACAAACUCCAGGCUAGACGAAUGGCGGCAAAGCUAGAGAUUUAUAUGAAAUUCAGAAAUGCAUUGGCCGCGGCUACCAUUGUAUCUGUCUGUUGGAUCUGCUUCGAGGUUUACUUCAAGUCGACCGAUGGAUACAAUGAACGAUGGGAAAAUGCUUGGAUCAUUCCGGCUUUCUGGCAUGUCUUAUCCUUCUCACUUCUUUGCGUCGUCUGUGCUCUCUGGUCGCCAUCCCAGAACUCAAUGAGGUAUGCAUACUCAGACGGAAAGCAACGAAGAUUUCGACAGAGAAAACUCUCUUCCACCGAUAAAACCAGCUACAUUUCUCAUCAAAGGACAACCACCAAACCAGAUUACAGUACAACACUGAACUCAAAACUUGAAGAUCAACAAAAUGGUGAUCUUGAACAAGAUAAGAGGGAGUAGUAACCCAAGCCACAACAUACCACAUUUUGUAACAUUAAACUUCUCCCUUUUUUGGCUUAUUCUUUUCUUCCUUUUUACACCCCUUGUGCUACUUUUACUUGUCAAGAUUAAGAUAAGAAUUGGAUUAGAGUUUACUACAAUUACUACUAUCAAAGAGAAAUGAG